CUCGCGCAGAGACACCGAGCGCCGUGACGUCAGCGCGUUUUGCGGAAGCGAACACGUGGGUCGCCGCAGUCCACGCUUCAGUUCGGCGUUUCGUUUCUGGCAGAUUUCAGUACAUCUUCAGCGUUUGAUCAGAGAUGGCGGUUCGAGCUUCAUUUGAGAAGAACAAUGAGAUUGGGUGCUUCUCAAAACUCACCAACACAUACUGCCUGGUCGCAAUAGGCGGGUCAGAAAACUUCUACAGUGUCUUUGAAGGUGAACUGUCAGAAACGAUCCCAGUGGUCCACGCUUCCAUAGCAGGAUGUCGGAUAAUUGGUAGAAUGUGUGUGGGAAACCGUCACGGCCUUCUUGUACCCAACAACACAACAGAUCAGGAGCUGCAGCACAUCAGGAACAGCCUUCCAGACUCGGUCCACAUUCAGAGAGUAGAGGAGCGUCUGUCCGCGCUGGGGAACGUCAUCGCCUGCAAUGACUAUGUGGCUCUAGUCCAUCCUGAUCUCGACAGGGAGACGGAAGAAAUUUUGGCGGACACUCUCAAGGUGGAGGUCUUCAGGCAAACGGUGGCAGAGCAGGUGCUUGUGGGUAGUUACUGCGUCUUUAGCAACCAGGGAGGCCUCGUCCACCCCAAAACUUCCAUCGAAGACCAAGAUGAGCUCUCGUCGCUUCUUCAAGUGCCUCUGGUUGCUGGAACUGUAAAUCGCGGUAGUGAGGUGAUCGCCGCCGGCAUGGUGGUGAACGACUGGUGCGCCUUCUGCGGGCUGGACACCACGAGCACGGAGCUGUCAGUCAUCGAGAGUGUGUUCCGGUUGAGUGAGACUCAGCCCAGCGCCAUAGCAACCACCAUGAGAGACUCGCUGAUUGACAGCCUUACAUAAACUGUACAUGGAUUUACGAUGAUUUGGAACUGGCUAAAUACAAGAUAAGGAUGUGGACAUCAAUUGGAAAGUUCACCCCUCUUCCUCGACACGCCUCUCUCCGACGGACGGAGAUGCUCUUUAUACCACAUGGAAACUUUGUAAGAUUAUAGUAUGAACUGGUAAUGUCAGACCAGAUUUGUUGUAUGGAAUGUAAAGGCUAAGUAUGUAAUCUGUUGACAUGUGCCAGAUCUAAUCCUGCAGAACAAAAUGCAAGAAACUAACUUUACCAUGUGAAGUUAUCAUUGUUAGGUAUCAAAUAUCCAGCGGUUCGUCGUUUUAAUGUCACUUCCAUUUCCUUAAAAGCAGUGCACAAUAAAGCCUUUCAUGGUCAACACUCACUGA